UCGCCAUUGCCCUCCGCGCUACUCGGCAGUUCCAUUCAUAGCAUAUCCCCCCCUCGCUUGUCUCGGCGGAGAGGUCCAACCACACAAUCUCAAGGCAGAAUGGUGACGUCACCAUGCCCUGCCCGACCACAUCAGCCUCCUGCUAUUUCGGCCCGCGAUGAGCUGUCGCCACGCCACGAGGCUGGAGCAAGCCAGCGUAGCAUUCGCCCCUGGGUUUGCGGCUGGAGGAACAGCGGCAGUAUGGGCGAAGCAGGAGUGCCUCGGGUAAACUGAUUCACAGAGACAACAUCACGCCGAAACGAGUGAUCCGCGCGACGCAAACCGACGAGGGCUACAUUUUCGUGUUAGGGAUCCUAAAAGCUCAGGGUGACGAAGACGUUUGCCCUUAGCGAACCUAUUCUCUGAGGAAUCACCCUGCAAGCUGUGUGUUUCGAAAACGUGAUUCCUAUGGGAAGGAUACCAUCAAGGCGGCAGAACUCCGCGUUAUCGAGAAGUUAUCGCUAUUCGCGUUCAAACAAUCGAAGCACACUCAGACAUGUACACAGUAUAGCGCACAGACCUGAGCUUCUGCCCCCUCGCUCUAAUUGAGGCCUCCGAACUGACCUUCGAGGUGUUCCUCGUGGUUGGUAGAGAAGAAUAAAUCGCGCCGCAUGAGGACAGCCAAACAUGAGCGUCAUAGAUUCCCGGAGACAACAUUCUACAACUUGGCUUCCAUGAAUCGUUGUCAGCAGCAUUACCAGUUCCUCCCUAGUUGUACUGUACGUAAAUCCCUGGUCGUCGAUGCAUGACGCGUGACACCACAACUUAUCUCAAACGAGUUGUGUGCUCAAAUCAGAUAGACAAGUACAGUAUAUGGUUACCGUGCGGCCUUCACGGCUUGUCGAAGAAGACGGCUUAUCUACCUUAUCGAGGGCUAAAUAGAUUCGAAGUGCUCGCGGAUUACUACCAGGCUCUAUUCUCGCUUCUUCCGUAAAAUAGCUCUCGAGUCCGAGUUCCUUACACUUGGCUAAUAAUCAGCCAUCGAUCUAACGACCGAGAGCCAUGGAAGUUCAUAGUGCGCAGUGGUUCACCGCUCAGGCUUUCUCGACUUACCGCAGUGCUUCACAUCCUCUCCCGCACGCGAUGCCGCCUCUUCCGCUUCUCCACUCGCGAGUCUCUUGCGCUCUGUGUCCCUCCCCCGCCGCCGUGCACUGCGCCGCCGACGGCGCGCAUCUCUGCGUCGCGUGCGACCAGGCGGUCCACGUGGCGAACGCUCUCGUGAUGAAACACGCGCGCGCGCUCCUCUGCUGCUCGUGCCACCAACCCACGCACGUGCAGCUCCUUGGGUUCCCGUCUGCCCCCAUCCUGCCCCCAGUCUCCUGCCAUGGCUGCCGCGCCUCCGGUUUCCCCGCCGCCGCGCUCCUAACCCACGCCACGGCGGGAUCUGUAGCGGCUGACGUGUCACUUGCCCACGUGGCAAGCGCGCCUUUCCUCGGCGUCCAGCACGCCGGAUUUUAUCCUGCUCAGCUGGUUGACGAUGGGAGAGGGUGGAGUGCCGCGGGGGAUCAUAGUCAUCGCUAUGGUGAUAGCCAGCCAGGCCCCAGCAUGCAGCGUAUCGAGUCACACUACAGCGGGGAUAGCGGGCCUGACGGCGCGUCUCCCGCGAGCGGAGUGACCACGGUGUGCUGCGAGCCUGCAGUUGGUGUCGCCAGUGGUAACACUGGUAACAGUUACGACCUGCAGUCGGUGUUUCGCGAACAGCUGUCGCAGAUGCAGCAGGCGGCUAUUUUCCAACCGCCGGUUUUCGUUUUCGCCAGUCAACAGCAUCAUGACCGUCCAAAUCCGCAGCAUCAGCCAGCGAUUCCAUCUGAUCCGUCGAAACAAGAAGGCACGGCGACGAUCCUGCAUCUCUUUCCGCAGAUCCCUGAAGACGUGGGCCUUCGCAAGAACGGGGCGGCAGAGGCGUUACGUGUAGCCGGCGAAGCCGGAAAACCGUCAGUUAAACGUAGACGGACGGAAAGCGGAUCUGACGGAUCCGAAUGUUGUGUCCCGCGGGGCGAUGUGGCUGACGCCGCGAAUGUGAAUGUAAACGGGGAAGCUAUAAUCGGGGACAACUGUAUCGGAAAGCCUUCCGGAACUGACCGGAAAAGGACACUGUUCGAGUCACAUCAGCAGCAGCCGCCGACGACACGUCAGCUGCAGCCUUCGUCCACGUCAGACGGCCCUGCUCUCGGCCAAACCGCCGCGGCUCGGCUGAAGCGCGUCCUCCAAUCAUGGUGCACGCGGCUCCACCUCGCUACCAGCAGCGCGCAGGCGCUGGCCUUCCACAUGCUCCAGCGGAUCUUGCGGAAACUCCGGCCGACUGACGUGGCAGCGGACGCGCUUCGGGUGGUUCUCGCCACGUGUCUCUGGGUGGCGAUUAAGGCGCAGGAGAGCCAGGGCGCGGUGCCGCGAGCGAGCCAAAUCGCGGCUGUAGCGCGAGUCACGGCGGAUGCUCUGGUGGGGAUGGAGAUUGAAGUCCUGAAAUUGCUGGACUGGCGACCACUAGAAGGAUUCCACGUGGAUGGGGAGAAAUGAGCUGAGGGAUGGGGCAGGGAGGAAUGAGAUUCUGGUUUUCUUUUUCAGCGGGGCAAGGGAGCAAUGAGCUACAGACAGCUGCAAGACCGUCUUCACUCACUGACAUAUUACGGUGCUCUCAUGCCCCCCACCUCUCAUUCUAUCAUGCCCUAGCGGUGCCAAGACCAGCCGGCUACAAUUCCUGCCAGUUCAGGCUUUCUGGCAGCAGCGAUACUGUGUGUUGCUGUGUGCUUGCUACUGGUAACCAUGCCAUCCCAUGGCAGGGGCGCGAGAUCAGCCUGCAAUCUAGAUGCCAGUAUAGGUGUGCUGGCACCUUGGCAGACAGUGAUGUGAUGGUUGUUCUGCAGAACUAGUAUAGUAGCUCUCACGCACCCAUCUUAUGGGUGAUCCAUUUGAUUAAUUCCUUGGUUCUGUUGGACUACAGAGCAAUGUUC